AUGUCGAGACAUAUUGAAGCACAAAAGCGCAAGGCCAUGGUCCCCGCCAUCGCCGGACUCUCCCUCCUCGGCUUCGCCGUCUACAAACUGGGCCCAAAAUCAAAGGACAUCGAUCCCGCCAAAACCGGCUCGAACGGCGUCAUCGGAGCACCCGGUUCAUCCACCGGUAAAGUUAGCCAAAAGCUACAAGGCACGUUUGGAACAGGUGGUGGAGAUGCUGGAACUGGUACCGACUACGAAACCAAGGAUACGCGCGUCGCGAGCAAUGUGACGGGUCUUUAUACCAAGAGGGAGCCUGAUAAUCUCGAGCAUAGGGAGCAUCGUAAUCCCAGGGUGCCGAGGGGCGAGAAUAAGAAGCAGGAGGAGAUUUCUGGCGUUUCGGGGUCCCCUGGGAAAUAA